AUGGCGAUGCUUUUUGGGUUCGGCCAAUCAGCAGAAGUUCAGAUCCGACUCACAAAUGAGGAGAGCCGAAAGGUGAGAUUUCGUCUUUAAUUGUCCAAUUCCGCUCUUGUUCUUGUAUUUUAUUGAUGUCGAUUAAGGUUGUGAAAGCACGCGGCGAAGAUGGAAACAUGCACGAUCAUUUUCUGUAUUACGACGGAGAGUCGGUGACGGGAAGUGUGCACGUGAACCUGAAGAAGGCGAAUCACAAGUUCGAGCAUCAAGGAAUUCGAAUCGAAUUCAUUGGGCAAAUUGGUAAGUAUUUACGAACCAUUACGCACUUUUCUUGUGUAGAAAACAUACCCAACUUGUAAUGAAAGCUUUGAAUACGAAAGUCUCACCAUAAAUCGAGAAUCAAAAGUGAUGCUCCCAUGUCUGCCACAGCAUGCAGUUCUCCGUAAACAUGUGUGCCUUCGUGGCGAGGCCCGCGUCAACAUUUUUUGUUUGGCCCGAAAGGGCGAGAGCCCACGAACAACGUUUCGAUAACAGUUUCAGAGGUCUACUACGACCGUGGAAACCAACAAGACUUCAUCUCGCUCACCCGGGAACUCGCCCGUCCCGGAGAACUCACACAGAACGCGCAGUUUCCGUUCGAGUUCAACAAUGUUGAGAAGCCGUUCGAGUCGUACAUGGGCACCAAUGUCAAGCUGAGGUCGGUUUCAUCUCGGAGGAAACCAUCCAAGAACAAUUUGCUAACUUUUCAGGUACUUCUUGAGAGUUACGGUUAUACGUAGGCUGACUGACUUGACGAAAGAGCUCGACCUCAUUGUGCACGCUCUGAGCAGCUACCCGGACAAUGAUAGCUGCAUCAAAAUGGAGGUCGGAAUCGAAGAUUGUCUGCACAUUGAAUUCGAGUACAAUAAGAACAAGUAUCACUUGCAAGACGUCAUCGUCGGCAAAAUUUAUUUCCUGCUUGUUCGUAUCAAGAUAAAAUACAUGGAAAUUGCGAUUCUGAAGACGGAAGUGGUCGGAUCCGGGCCCAAUACGUUCAAGGAAUCGGAGACUGUCGCCAAGUUCGAGAUCAUGGACGGGGCGCCGGUUCGCGGAGAAUCUAUUCCAAUUCGGCUGUUCCUCGCUGGAUACGAGCUCGCUCCGUCGAUGAGAGACGUCGGAAAGAAGUUCUCUGUCAAAUACUUCCUGAACUUGGUGCUCGUCGAUGAGGAAGACCGCAGAUAUUUCAAGCAACAGGUAUGCUGAAUAGCUGAAGCAUCUUUCGAAUUAUCAUUUAUAGGAAGUGACACUAUGGCGUAAGGCCGACAAGGUUCCGCGUCGCAACGGAGCUGAAGAGCUCGAAGAGCCGAUGACGAGCAUUCCAGGCACUCAAAAGUUCGUGCAGCCGGCCGUCGUCGAGCUUCCGAAACCCGAAUCGCCGAGAUCAGAUCCGAAGAGCGGAUCGACAAGUCCCGAUGACAAUUCGGACUCCUCAUAA